AUGCUGGUGCCCCCGGAAAUGCUGGCGGCGCAGUCCAAGCUCGUGUACCAAAUGAACAAGUACUACGGCGAACGCGUCGCCAGCCGCAAGGCGCAGAUCGCCAAAACUAUCCACGAGGUGUGCCGCAUCGUGCAGGAUGUCCUCAAAGAGGUCGAGCUCCAGGAGCCGCGCUUCAUUUCCUCGCUGACCGACUAUAACGGCCGCUUCGACGGCCUCGAGGUGGUCUCGCCCCACGAGUUCGAGAUCAUCAUAUACCUCAAUCAGAUGGGCGUGCUCAACUUCGUAGACGACGGCUCCCUGCCUGGGUGCGCCGUGCUCAAGCUGAGCGACGGCCGCAAGCGCUCCAUGUCCCUGUGGGUCGAAUUCAUCACUGCGUCCGGUUACCUCUCGGCCCGGAAGAUUCGGUCGCGAUUCCAGACGCUCGUGGCGCAGGCCUGCGACAAGUGCUCCUACCGAGACUGCGUCAAAAUGAUCGCCGAGACCACGGAGGUGAAGCUGCGCAUACGAGAGCGCUACGUGGUGCAAAUCACUCCGGCUUUCAAGUGCGCCGGCCUGUGGCCCCGCUCCGCGGCGCACUGGCCCCUGCCCACCAUCCCUUGGCCGCACCCCAACAUAGUGGCCGAGGUAAAGACCGAGGGCUUCGACCUCCUGUCCAAGGAGUGCUUGACGCUUCAGGGCAAGAACUCGGCUAUGGAAGGCGACGCAUGGGUCCUCAGCUUCUUCGAAGCGGAAAAUCGUCUACUUCAAGGCGGUUGUCGGCGAAAGUGCCUCAGCAUUUUAAAAACGAUUCGCGACAGACACCUCGAGUUGCCGGGAAACCCGGUGACGUGCUACCACAUGAAGACGCUCUUGCUGUACGAGUGCGAGAAGCACCCGCGCGAGCCGGAGUGGGACGAGGCGGCUCUGGGCGACCGCAUCAACGGCAUCUUCCUGCAGUUGAUCUCUUCGCUGCAAUGUCGCCGAUGCCCGCACUACUUCCUGCCGCACGUGGACCUCUUCAAAGGCAAGUCGCCCACCGCCAUGGAGAAUGCCGCCAAGCAGGUGUGGCGCCUCACGCGAGAGAUGCUCACCAACUCGCGCGCCUUCGAGAAGCUCUGA